CCAUAUCGCGUACGGAACGAAGCCUGGAUGGUCGCAAGCUAAGAUGAUCACAGGAUCCAUGAAGCUACUAGUCUCUUUUCUGGUCUAAACUUACACUCUCCGCCUGUUUGGCCUGGUCGCUCGCCCUGUUUCUUCUGAUCCCGUAAAUCCUGGUCUCGUCAAGCACCCUAUGGUUCGCCUAGUACGCGCUGACCCCAUUCGCCUCGUCCGUUCAGCAGCCAUGCUGCUCUAAUGUGCUAACCAGUUCCGUAGUGGCGGUCCAUCUCUCGAUUUUUUGUCGAGCCAUUUCCAGCCUGAUCGAAUUCAACGGCUUCCUGAUUCCACAUUGACAGCUGUAGUGUGCUCAUGUUGAAGGAGUGCUUAUUUUGAUGGUGAUAUACUGAUUACGCAAUUAUUCCAUUCAUUAUGGAGCCAGCUGCCUCUGCUGCCGCCUCUGCUGCCGCGUCUGCUCCACGGCGCUACCUGCUGACUGUGGAGUAUAUCGGGAGUGCUUUUAGCGGAUGGCAGAAGCAGCCGCUGGGAAACAACCCGCUGCCUUCAGUGCAGGGGGUGCUCGAGGACGCAAUAGGGAAGCUGGUGGGUUCUGUUCCUGCAAGCAAGCAGAAGAGGCAGCGAGGCGGACGACCGCAGCCUGGCGCAACACAGGGCGCUGCAGCCCAUGGGGAUGACAUGGAUACAAAUCGAAAGUCGCAAGCAUCGCAAGCAUUGAAAACAUCGGAAGGCCAUCAAGGGGAGAAACUGGCACCCCAAGCUCUGACCACGGAAUCCGCUGACACUCAACAGCCUGCUCUUCCUCUUCCUCAGAUCGCUGGCUCCAGCAGAACAGAUGCAGGAGUGCAUGCGCUGGGCAACACGUGCCACGUGGACAUCCACCGAGUGAGCCGCCGCAACCCAGAGAAGCAGAUGCCACCCUUCUUACCGCGCGAGCUAUCACGAGCGAUCAACCAUUUCCUGCAGCUGUCAGGCGCAGAGGCGUCAGUGGUGGCGGCUAGGGAGGUGCCUCUCUCCUUCCAUGCCCGAUUUCAAGCGACAGAGAGAACCUAUCUAUACCGCAUCCACGCGUCUCCUUCCACCUCUCCGUCCAUCUUUGACCGCAACCGCGUGUGGCACGUACCCACCAGUCUUGACAUCAAUGCCAUGCGCGCAGCAGCAGCUGCCCUCUGUGGCUUCCACGACUUCUCCUCCUUCAGAGCAUCAGGCUGUCAGGCUCGCUCCCCUCUGCGCACUCUGACCGAACUUUCCAUUUUCGAGGUGCCUUCCUGGAUCUCCUGCCUGCCCCCUUCCUCCCACCCCUCCUCAACCACCUGGCAAGGACACGAGGAGACGGUGGGAGGGUCAGAAGCACGCGAAGGGGAAGAGGAGGAGGAGAAUGGGAGUGGGGAAAGGAAACAAAGAGGAGGUGAAGCAGGCGGUGGGGUUGUGGGAAGGGAGACGGAGACUGCAGCAGCAGCUAGUGAGGGGGAGGCAAGUGAUGGGAAACGAGGCAGGGAAGAGGAAGGAAUGGGAGCAGAAGGGGAGGAUGAGGGAUCGAGUGGCAAGAGGAGGCGCGAGGAGGAGGGAGGAGAAGAGGAAGAGAUGGCGGAGACAGGAGAAGCGCGAACAGAGGAGAGGGAAGGGAGAGAAGGGAGGGAAGGGAGGGAAGGAGGUCAGAUGCUGGUGGUGCGCGCGCGUGCCCCAUCGUUCCUGUACCACCAGGUGCGGCUGCUGGUGGGGCUGCUCAAGGCCGUUGGCGCGGGGGCACUGCAGCCAGACAAAGUGAAAUCAAUCCUUGAGGCGAGGGAUAUUCGGGGGGUCCCUCCCAUGGCUCCUGCCUGCGGCCUCUACCUGGCUAGAGUUGCCUACGGCCCACGAGGACCAAAACGGCCUCGCAGCGAUACAGUUUCCUAAGGUGUGAAACGGAGGGUGCCAAAAGGGGCCAGGAGGUGGCUAAAGGCUCCAAAUUGAGUCCCUCCCAUCGCUCCUGCCUGUGGCCUCUACCUGGCAAGGGUUGCCUACAGCCCUCGAAGGCCAUAAUGGGCUCGCAGCUGUGAAGUGCUGGAUUGACAACUAGGCCGAAAACAAACGCUGUUCUGUGUAAAUUGAAUGUGAGCUGUAGGUUAUUUCGAUUUCACGCCGAGAUAAGAUCCGUCCACUUUCCAUU